AUGAAUACUGGUGGUAUAAUUAUAAGUUUAUCACAAUAAGUAACUAUCUCAAGCAGCUUGUUUAUUUUAAAUACUGCCUAGAAUGGAGGUGCUAUUCUUUUUACAAACAUAAAUCAACUAGUAUAAUUUAAAAGCUGUUCUUUUUAUCAUAAUACAGCAUUUAGUAGUGGUGGGGCACUUUAUUUUGAAGAUAUUGGAACAUGUUUAAUUAAUUUUGAUAUUUAAACUAAAGUGUAUGAAAAUAAGGCAUUAAUAGGAGGAGGACUUAGAAUUACAAGUAGUAUAUCUGGAAAUUUAAAUAUUCCUCUAAAGUUUCCUUUUUAUGAAAAUGUAUAUAAUAAUACAGCUACUAUAUAUGGAGAUGACUCUACUACUUAUUUGCAAAGUAUAGUAGUUUAAAAAUAUGAUUUUUAAUAACAAAAAAGUGAGUAUAUUUUUGAAUUUUACAACAACUAGUCAGAUUUACCCAAAGAUUACAAAUAAUACUAUUCAAAAUAUGUAAAAAUAAAUAAUUUUUAAAGUGGAUCUAAUCUAUAUUUAAGAGUAUAUAUAGUAGAUAAUUAUAAUAGAUACCUCUCAUUCUCAUUGUAGAAUUUGAUAAAUGGAAGUUAUCCUAGCGAUGUUGAGACUGAGUUAAAAAGUAUUUAGAUACUUUUUGAUAAUAUAAAUACAAAGUAUUCAUAACUGAUUGGAGAAAAGAUAUUAAAUUAUAAUUAAUAUAAUUCAACAAGCUUAGGUUAUGAAAUUACUAGUUUGUAGGUUUAGGGUGCGUUAUAGACAGCUUAAGUAUUCUCCAUAAGCUCUAAUAUAUAUUCUUAAUCUCAAAUACAACUUCCUGUAAUGAUGGAAGUAUAAUUCAGAGAGUGCUAAAUAGGAGAAAUAAUAUAAGAUUUAACUAAUUAGAUAAGCAUAUGUAAAUUUUGCUAAACAGGUACAUAUUCUUUAGUUGAUCCCUAAUAUUUAUACUAACAAUCAUAGAAUUCUUAAGAAAAUUAUAUUAAAAAUUAAUGCUAUCCUUGUCCUGUAUCUGCUUUAAGCUGCUAAGGUUCAGUUAUAUAACUAAAGAAUGGUUAUUGGAGAAGUAGUGAAACAACAGAUGAAAUUUUAGAAUGUGACACAAAUAAUAAUUCUUGCUAAGCAGAAAAUCCUUUAAAUAAAAAUGGAUGUGUCGAAGGAUAUAUGGGUCCUCUAUGUGAAUAAUGCGAUAUCAUAGGAGAGGUAUGGAACGGAAAGAGAUAUACUAAAUCAAUUCAAUAAAAGCAGUGUGAAAUAUGUGCAUCAAGAUUAAUUUAAUACUUUUACAUACUACUAAAGGGUGUUUUACUAGGAGCAUACUUUAUAUUUACCAUGAAAGUUUUUGUUGAUUAAUUUAUUUUUUCUUAGAGAUGCUAUUACUUAAGAAUCAUAAAACUAAUUCCUAUUUCAAAAAAUUCGAUUAAAGACUAUUCAGGCUUUUAUAUAAAAAUAUUGAUCACAUAUUUUUAGCUAUCACAACUUCUUAUACAACAACCAUAAAACUCGAAAAAUAGUCACCUAUGCUUUAAUUGA